UGCCAUUGCUGCUUGAGGUGGCUGCUCUUUGUUAAUAGCUGGGUAAUACACUUGAAUAGUCAAGCUGCAUGGGCUGCCCUGUAGCUCAUCUGGUAAAACUUGCUGGGGAGCUGGGUUCCAAUCCAGCCUGGGACCAUUUGUUGCCUUUCAUCCCUUCUGUCUCCCAAUUUCAACACUGUCACUUCAUCAGAGGCACUGGUGGCCUGAUAACACAUCUCUGAACUACAAUGACUUAAAAACUUGUUGUGUGUUGGUUGCUGCUCAUCAGGUGAAGUCGGUGAAGACGGGAUCUGUUUUCUGGACUAUUGGAUGCUGCCUCUCCUAUUUUUACAUGGUGUCUGCUUGGGGUGGAUACGUGUUCAUCAUCAACUUGAUUCCACUUCAUGUAUUUGUCCUGCUGCUCAUGCAGCGCUACAGUAGGAGAGUCUACAUAGCUUACAGCACCUUCUACAUCAUCGGCCUGGUGUUGUCCAUGCAGAUCCCUUUUGUGGGCUUUCAGCCAAUCAGGACCAGUGAACACAUGGCCGCCGCAGGAGUGUUCGUGCUGCUGCAGAUCUACGCCUUCCUGCAGUACCUGAAGGACAGACUCACCAAGCAGGAGUUCCAGACUAUGUUCUUCCUGGGAGUCUCUCUGGCUGCUGGAGUGGUUUUUCUCUGCGUCAUUUACCUGACAUACACAGGUUGGUUCAUAUUGUCUUCUUCUGAGUAGCUCUUGCAUACAUUU